UGAACAAACAAAAGGGGGCAUAGUCUAAUUCACCUGACAAAUUCCCAAUUCUGUUUCUGUCAAACCCUAAAUCGCGAUUCGUCGCCAUCGAUAAAUUGGCGCGCUCCGCUGGAUUCCGCGCUGUAGAAAUGGCGUGAGUGGCUCGUGGAUGUGCAUCUGUAUGCUGUACGCAUCACAUGCAAGCACGUUUGACUAGCUUUAUGGGCGUGAUUGUGUGGAUAUGAAGGAGGUUGAGGAAUCACGCCAGGAAUGCACUUUUUGCUUGCUCUGCCGGCUUAGGGGAGGCGCGUUCUUAUUGCCGUGAUGCGUGAUCAAUGUGUGCGCCAAUGCGCGUUUGAUUAUUUUUGGCAGGAAAACCAAGCAUAAUUUAUGUCCUAGCCGGUAGAAUUUCCAUCCGUCGAACUAUCGGAAGUAAAAUAAUAAUAAUAAUAGGGAAUAAUGGCGCCGCCCGUAAGUAAAGCUGAUAAGAAGGCUGCAAUGGACGUGGCCGCAUGGAUGUUCAAUGUUGUCACUUCAGUUGGGAUAAUUAUCGUCAACAAAGCCUUGAUGGCUACUUAUGGUUUCAGUUUUGCUACAACCUUAACUGGUUUGCAUUUUGCUACCACCACAUUGAUGACGGCUGUUCUUAGGUGGCUCGGUUACAUCCAAGCUUCACAUCUGCCUUUUCAGGAGCUUCUGAAAUUUGUUCUGUUUGCAAAUUUCUCUAUCGUCGGAAUGAACGUCAGUUUGAUGUGGAAUUCAGUGGGAUUCUACCAGAUUGCCAAGCUGAGUAUGAUACCUGUAUCCUGCUUCUUGGAGGUAGUGUUCGACCAUAUUCGAUAUUCAAGAGACACAAAGCUUAGCAUCUUAGUUGUUCUUCUUGGAGUUGCUGUGUGUACAGUUACUGACGUCAGUGUUAAUACGAAAGGCUUCGUUGCCGCAUUCAUUGCAGUCUGGAGUACGUCUCUGCAACAGUAUUAUGUUCAUUUUCUUCAAAGGAAGUAUUCCCUAAGCUCUUUCAACCUCCUGGGGCACACCGCACCGGCUCAGGCUGCAUCAUUAUUGAUCGUAGGCCCCUUUCUCGAUUAUUGGCUGACCAACAAAAGAAUCGGUGGAUUUAACUUCAACUUAGCUUCUGUGGUGUUCAUUGUCCUGUCAUGCAGCAUAGCCGUGGGCACGAAUCUAAGCCAGUUCAUCUGUAUAGGGCGAUUCACAGCAGUUUCUUUCCAAGUCAUAGGCCACAUGAAGACCAUCCUCGUCUUGAUCCUUGGAUUCCUCUUCUUCGGCAGAGAGGGUCUCAACGUUCAAGUGGUCAUCUGCAUGAUCAUAGCCGUAGCCGGAAUGAUCUGGUACGGCAAUGCCUCCUCCAAACCCGGUGGCAAAGAGCGACGCAGCCAUUCCAUCCCCAGAAGCUCCCAACAAAAGCAUGAAUCCUCGGAACCAGAUGAUGACGACGAUGACAACAAGGUAUGAAACAUCUAUGCAGGCUUAGAAACAGAGUGCUAAUGCUGGUGGGGUGGGGUAGGGUGGGGGUGUCUUAGCUAUAUAGCUCUGUAGAUUGCAAUGCAGUUUGCAAAGUCUUGUUUGUUGUUUAUUCAGUUUGUCUUCAAAAAAAGAAAAGAAAAGAAAUAGUAAGGAGAUGAAAUUAGGGUUUUGUGAUUUGGGAAUUUGGGGAUGUAUUUUUUGGGGUAUUGGCGUAACGUGCCAUUUGGUGGUAAAUUAUUGUAGUGAUGAGUUUUGAGUUAUUGGAAUGUGUUUUUUAUUUUUCAGUUAAAGUUCUUAAAAAUAGAUACAAUUUGAACUUUGACAGAACAAAUUAUGCUUGGACUUCAAGACAUAGAUCCGAAAUUUUUUUUGGGCUGGGCUUGGCCUGAUACAUUAAUGAAAUAAGUUAUU